AUGGUCUCCGAGAACGCGAUGGCUGAGAAGAGCAAGGCGGCGGAGGACGCGACGCGGCGCAAGAAGGAACUGUUGGAGCUGCUGGAUCGCGAGCGGGAUGAGAAGAGCUACAUCAUGGCAGACUACCGCGAACAAACAGAGUCGCUGAUCGCGGAGCAAGGACGCGAGAUCACGUACCUGCGCGGCGCCCUCGACAAGCUCAAGAGCGAGUACGACGACUUAGCGAAACAGCACCAGGUGGCGGAGGAGGAGCUGGAGGGGUUGCAAGAGAAGGUGGAGAACGUUACGGCGCAGCUCGACAAGGAGCGGUCGGACGCCGCUAGCAAGACGAAGGGUCUGCAGGCCAACAUGCAACAGGAAUGCCAAGCCCUCACCGAGCAGCUCGCCGCCAUGCAGGAGCAGCUGCAGAGGGCUGCCACCCAGCACGCGGCCAAGCAGCAGGCUCUCACCGAUCAGCUGCAGAAAAACGAGGAGAAGCAGCGUGUCACCGAGGAGGAGUACCAGUACACACUCGACACGCUGAAGCAGGCGUACCGCCGCGACACGGACAGUUUGCGAGAGGAGGUGAAUCGCUUGAAGGAGACGCACGGCAAACAAGAGGAGGAGUUGCGCCAUGACCUGGAGAAGGCCGCGAGGAGGGAGAGCAAGUCCGUCGAGGCUCUGCGGCAGGCGCUGGAACAGGCGCGUCAGGAGAAGGAGCUGAGCGUAGAGGGCAGCUUCAAACAGCGUGAGGUGCUGCAGCGUCAGCACCGUGACAAGGUGGCGGCUCUUCAGAAGGAGCUCGACGCGACGGUACAGCAGCUGACGGAGGAGAGUGAGGCACGCAAGGACCGUGAGGCGGAUGUGGAGGUGCUGCGGGUGCGCGCGGACAACCUGGAAAAGGCAAACCAGCGCCUCUCCAACGAGCUGGAGACAGUCCAGGCAGACCAGCGCAGUCGGGAGCGGUCGACAGAGCAGGCGCACCAAGCCGCCGUAGAGGCAAUGCGAACGAAGCUGCGCACGGCACUUACCGAUCUGGGGUACGCGCAGGAUCAGCUGACGCAGCAGGCGGCCGAUGCGCAGCAGCUGCGUGAUGAACUGGCGAAGCGCAGCAGCGCUCUCGAGGCGGCGAAGGAGAAGAUAGGUAUGCUGGAAAGAGCCUCUGUGGACGAGCUCGGGAAGGCGAAGGACACGGCAGUGCAGCGGGAGAAGGAGGCUGCUCAAGUUAUCACACAGCUGCGCACCAGCAAGACGCAGCUGGAGGCGGCAUGCGAGCAGCUGGAGCGGCAGCUGAAAGAGACAGAGAGCCGAGUACAGGGCACGGCCAAGCAGGUCAACGAAGAGCGCCGUUCACUGGAGGAAGCAAACCGCAGGCUGCAGGAUGCUCGUGUUGAGGUGGAGGACUUGCGCGCGGUCGUGAAUCACGAACGGGAGCGUGGCACCCUUCUCCAGGAAGAAAAGCGACAGGUGGAGCGUCAACUCGCCGAGGAGAAGCUCUACCGCGAGGAGCUCGAGAACCAAUUACACAUGACAGAGCGGAGGCUGCAGGAACAGCAGCAGGACUACGCUCGCCAGCUUCAGCAGAUGGAGGGAAAGCUGGAGGAGCAGGUGCAACGGCACCACGCGGAGCUGGCGGCUUCCCGCAUUGCGGCCGAGCAGGUGCGCGGUGAGGUCGGUCGCGCGCGAGAGGCGAUUGUGGAGAAGGAGACGACGUUGCAGCGGAUGCGAGAGGAGGUGGGGCGGUUGCAUCGCGAGGCCGCCAUGCGCGAGGGUGGGUUGCAAGAGGAAAUGGAAGAUCUUCGGGAGGCGCACGAGGUGGAGAUACGCCGUAUGGAUGAGCUUCUGAACGGGCUGCGCAGCGACUUGGCCAAGUCGCAGGCCACAUGCACCCAAUAUCAACGAGAGCUCUCACAGAUGCACCAAAACUCGGCCGGCGUGCGAUCGGACUUGGAGAUGGCACUGGAGCAGGCUGAUGCGGCUCGGGCGAAGCUGCUGGAGGAUGCCAAGUACAGAGAGCAGCUGAAUCAGGAGUUGCAGGGGACAGUGCGUCUGCUCAGCUCCCGACUCACAUCAAACGAAGAGGAGGUGCGCCGAAUGCAGGAGGAGCUGGCAGACACGAAUAGGCGAAUUCAAGACGCCCACACGCUGAUUGGCCGCAAGGACGCGGCAAUCGGGCAGUUGAACGCCAAGUUGCGAGCGUACGAGUCGCGCCACUGA